CAAAAUCGUUGAAAUCAUAAAUUCACAGCAGACAAAUUUGUGUAGAGAGAAAAAAUAAUGUCAGGAAGAGGAAAAGGAGGAAAGGGUUUGGGAAAGGGAGGAGCAAAGAGGCACAGGAAGGUGUUGAGAGAUAAUAUCCAGGGAAUCACUAAACCAGCUAUCAGAAGGUUAGCAAGAAGAGGUGGAGUCAAACGCAUCAGUGGUUUGAUUUAUGAAGAAACUCGUGGUGUUCUUAAGAUCUUUCUUGAGAAUGUGAUUCGUGAUGCUGUUACCUACACUGAACAUGCCCGAAGAAAGACUGUCACUGCUAUGGAUGUUGUCUAUGCUCUCAAGAGACAAGGAAGAACUCUCUACGGAUUUGGGGGUUAGGGUUUGUUUUUUUCUAUCUUGUAAAGAAUGUUGAGACUAGGGUUUCAAUUCGUAAUCUUUGAAAUUGACUUGAUGAAUGUGAAAUGUUUGGAGUAGCAGUGGAAAUCAGCUAUAAUUGUCUGUUUCAAUUCUGUAUCGAAUUCCUGAGUUUACUUAAAUUUGUUUCUUUAACUU